AGAUUUAAACUUCAAUAUAAUGUAUGAUGACACUUUGUCACACAAAAUUUUUGAUAUUUCGCCAAUGGAGAGAAGAUUUGAUCUUUCUGGGAACAUUUGUUUUCUCAAUAAAGACCUUCUCUCUCUCUCUCUCUUUCUCUCUUUCUCCCUUUCUCCUUCUCCCACCCAACCAAGACUUUCUCUUUCUAUACGUAGCGACAAUAAUUCUGGAACCUCCUCUACAUUACAAAACAAAUAAGCAAUAUACAUACACAUAUACACCCACGUAUACAUAUAACAUUAGAUAUUAUAUAAACAUUUACACUCUCUUCUUCUUCACACACACACACACACUCUCCAAAUUUAAGGUCCAAAGCUCCCAAUCAAAAUCUCAAUCUCUCUUAGGGUUCUUGCUUCUUCAUCAAUAGGGCUAUAUAUUGAAAUUGAGUGAAAAAAUUCGAACUCUUUUUAAUUAAGAUAAAUGGUUAGAGAAGGUGAGGAGGAAGAAGAAGAGAUGAUGAUGAUGGUGGCAACGAAACCUGCAUGGCUUGAAGGACUACUGGCUGAAACUUUCUUCUCGAGCUGUGGAAUCCACGAAACUCGCCGUAAAAGCGAAAAGAACGUCUUCUGCUUACUCUGUUGUCUCAGUGUUUGUCCUCACUGUCUCCCUUCCCAUCGCUCUCAUCCUCUUCUUCAGGUGAGACGAUACGUAUACCAUGACGUCGUACGGUUGAGUGAUCUUGAGAAGCUCAUAGAUUGUUCAUAUGUUCAGCCAUAUACAAUUAAUGGAGCCAAAGUGAUAUUCAUAAACCAAAGACCACAAUCAAGAGCUAAGGUGUCUUCAAAUGUUUGCUUCACUUGUGAUAGAAUCCUUCAAGAACCAUUCCACUUUUGUUCACUCUCCUGCAAGGUGGAUUACUUAUCAUAUCAAGGAGAUGAUUUAUCAAGCAUUCUCUAUAGAAUUGAUGAAUCGGAUUUCACGUUCGAGGGUUUGAGAAUGGACGGACAUGAUCAGCUCGAAGAGAUGUCGACGAUGGAGGAUUCAGAGGAUAUGAUGGUCAUUUCGGAUCAAUCGGAGCAAGGUAACAACAGUAGUAGUAAGAGAGAGAAGAAGAACAAGAACAAGAAGCAAGAGAGCCAUUACUUGCCUGGGAUGGUUCUUUCAUCACUUGGUAAUAGAAGGAAAGGUGCUCCUCAUAGGGCUCCUUUAUCAUAAAUAUAAAAAAAUUAUAGGCAAAAAUAAUUUUGAAAAACAAGCAUUCUAUAUAUAUUAUGUAUCGCGUUUCUUCUGUUAGGUACAUGAUGUAACGGGUACGAUAAUUAGUACUCUUUUUAUCAUGAAAAUGUGUUUACUUUUAUGGGUUUU